AUGAAAGCGGGGUACCAUGCCGGUCAGUUUGACUUGUCACCAAGUUCACCGAUGAAGGUCUUGGACCCACAUUGCAAGCCAUCCUAUGCGGCAGAUUCAAGUUUGAGUUUUGCCUCCGCCCAGCUGUCGGAAUGUCUGCAGCGCUGCUUGACUCCGCAGAGCGUCCCUCCAGGUCUUGCGCUGCCGGCCGCGCCGCCAGGUCUGCCCGCGCCACUGGCGCUGCCGGCCGCUGCCCUGGGUCCCCUAACACCGCUGCUGCCGCCGAUGCCGGAGGUCGACAUGGGGGUGGAGUCCAGCCCAGAAACGGCUGAAAUGCCUGCGGAUAAGAUGACCAGCGCGCUGCGCAGCAAGGAGGGUGCUGAGCUGAUCGCCGGGCAGCUGUCUUGCCUCAGCGGUCUGCACUUAGAUGCCUUUUGUUUCGAGUUGGUCUCCAAUUUUCUCUCGGACCUCUGCCGCCUGUCCUGCGACGCCUUUGCGGGGCCGGUGCUGUGUCAGCUGCUGCAGCUGCCGCAGCUGUCGCCGAAGCUGCGGCGGCGGGUGGUGAUGGGGCUGAAAGGUUCCUUGUUGAAACUGACCAGGGACAAGCGUGGCUGCUGGGUCUUGCAGCAAGCCUUGGAGUGCAGCGAAGGUGUGGCCGAGUUGCAGGACGCUUUCAAGGAGGAACUGAAAGGCAAGGUGCUCUCAUGCAGUCAGCACCUUCAUGGCAAUUUUGUCCUGCAAAAGUGCGUGGAGGCGCUCCCCCCCACAGCCGUUGCUUUCAUCGCGGCAGAAUUGAAAAACCACGCGCUGGUGGCGGCUCUGGACGUGUACUCCUGCCGCGUCUUGCAGCGUCUCAUCGAGCACAGCCAUUCGCCACACAUGGCCGAGCUUACGGAGAAGCUGCUGAGACCGGACAACUUGGAGCGCCUCGUCACCGACGCCUACGGGCACAACGUGCUGCGGGCGCUGCUGGUGCACGGCAGCGAAGACCAGCUGAGGCGCAUCGUGGCACUCUUCGCGGAGGAAGGGAAGCUGCUGGUCUAUGCUCGAAAUCGCCACGCCAGCUUAGUGGUGGACCAAUGUUUGGAGACGCUGAGUAGCAGCAAUCUCCAGGUGGAGCGCGGCGCCGUCAUGGCUGCGCUGCUGGGAGAGGGCAGCACCUCGGUCUUCUUGUUGAUCGCGCUGGACCGGUUUGGGAACUACAUCGUGCAACGCGCGAUCGCGGGAUGCCGAGGUGGUGAGGAGCGCCACGGCGUGCGCCGUUUGGCGCGCUUGGCGGCGAAAGGAGGAGCGACGCAUCGUGGAACUACUGACCCUGUUGGGCCCUCGGCUGCGACGCACGGCCAAUGGGCGGCACAUCAUGUGCGCGGCCCGCAGGAGAUUUGGGUCGGAACUGUUGGCUGCGCAGCGGAGCUAGCGGCACAGCAGAGCUCAGAUGAGGAGAACAUCGCAGCCAACGAGACUUGCGAUGGUGCUGUGAGCACAGAUGCACAGAUUCCCAUGUAUAGGCCCUUCGCAGUGGACAAAUUUCAAUAUCGCACGGUACAGGCAGAGUGGCGGGUUCUCGACCACACGCGGUGCCUGUGUGCAGAAUUUCUUUUGAACCGCGCGGGCAGGGAGAGUUUGAACUCGGCCAUGUCUAGAUUUGCACACGUGGGCCCAAUGGGUGGCGAGCCGGAGAUCGUGUCCGGCGGCGAUCACGCCAGCCUUCGCCGCGUCCGUGGAAAGUUCGUGUGCAUCUACGAUUCAAGUAAGGCCACCAUUCACAUGGGCAGUAGUGGUUUAGACUGGCUAGUGAGUCUAGUGGGCAAGCCGUUGCUGUCUAUUCAUACAAGCAUCAUGUCCAGUAAG